AUUAGAAAAAAUGGUCUUAAACUUGACCUGGCAGCGACCGGCCUUGGUAGCGAAAUAUUUCUGAAUUUUAUAUUAUAUAUAAAUAGCGAGAAACAUUCAUGGUUGGCGAAGAAGCAUCCGGUGGUUGCGAAGGUAAAAACAUGAAGGCGUUUUUGGUGUUUGUAGCCUGUCUGGGCUUGGCUGUAGCCAGUACCGCAGACGCUAAGAACAAGAAAGUCGAAGUUGAGGAAAAGAAAAUCUCAAAACGUCAUCAUGACCACUACAGCACCCUAAACACCUACGGAGGAGAUCUCGCUAGUCAAAGCCUUUCAAGCUAUGGUGGUGACCUCUCCAGCCACUCCAGUGGUCUUUCUGGGUACGGUAGCGGUCUUUCAGGAUACAGCAGUGGAGUUUCUGGGUACGAUAGCGGCCUUUCUGGAUACAGCAGUGAAGGCGGUUACAGCAGUGGAUCGUCAUCUGAAUACAGCAGCGGAUCCCAAGGAUACGGUAGCGAUUUUUCUGGAUACAGCAGCGGAUCCCAUGGAUAUGGUGGCGAUCUGUCUGGAUACAGUAGCGGAUCCCACGGAUAUGGUGGCGAUUUGUCAAGCUACAGCAGCGGAUCAUAUGGAUAUGGUGGUGAUGCAUCUGGAUACAGCAGUGGCUUAAACGGAGGUCUAUUAGGAGAUUCAGGUUCUGUAUCCUAUGGAUACCACUCAGUAGCUCCAGUAGUCCACAACGUCCACAGUACCCACGAAGUUCGCCGCAUCACCCAAAAAGUUCCAGUACCAGUCCCUCAACCUUACCCUGUUACCGUUACCAAAACCGUCCAGGUACCACAACCAGUGCCUGUGGAAGUUCCAAAACCAUACCCAGUACCUGUCAAGGUUCCAGUGCCAUACGAAGUACCCAAACCAUACGAAGUCAAAGUUCCCCAACCAGUGGCAGUCCCUGUUAAAGUGCACGUACCCGUGGAAGUACCAAAGCCAUACCCAGUUCAUAUCACCAAAACCAUCCCCGUUCCAGUUGAAAAGAAAAUUUACAUUAAGCAAUUGGUACAAGUACCACAUCCAGUACCACAACCCUACCCUGUGACAGUAACCAAGUAUGAACAAGUAAAAGUACCUACUCCUGUUUACGUAAAAGAGCGAAAAGUAGUACACACUUAUUCCAACUCAUACCAAAACUUGCCUGAGAAGCACAUCGUUCUCAAACCUCAAGUUUCUGCACAAGUUCCACAAUAUUCAAAUGCUGGUUAUGAUGCUUCAUCAUAUAGUAGCUCUCUUGGAAGUUAUGGAUCUGGAUAUGGAUCUAAUUAUGGAUCUAGUUAUGGAUCUGGUUAUGGUUAUGGAGGUCAUGGCAGCUCAAGCUACAACUUAGGAAGCUAUGGAGACAGCUAUAAUUCUGGUGUAAGCGGAUUAGGAUAUAACAAUUUGGGAGGUUCUAGCUCAAGCGGUUUAGGAUAUGGCAGUUAUGGAGGUUCUAGCUCAAGCGGUUUAGGAUAUGGCAGUUUGGGAGGUUCUAGCUCAAGCGGUUUAGGAUAUGGCAGUUAUGGAGGUUCUAGCUCAAGCGGAUUAGGAUAUGGCAGUUUGGGAGGUUCCAGUGGAAGCUACAGCAGUUGGGGAAGUUCCAGCUUAAGUGGUCUUGGUGGUUCCAGCGGUCACUUAGGAGGUCAUGGAAGUUCUGGUCAUGGACUUUAUGGUCAUGGAUCACACUCCUACGGUUUGGGUGACUCAAGUUCACAGUACAGCCAUAGCUACGGUCACAGCCAAGCCUUCGGUCAUGGUGACGACUACAGUGGUCUUUUAAAAUCAUAUGUUCCAAGCAAGUUAGGUGGUUAUAAUAACAAAUGGUGAAAUUGUAAAUAGUUUUUCAAUAAAAUAAAGUUUUAAAAUACGCGA